ACCCGGUCCCGUAAUAGAUCUGUCCUCAUCUCUUCUGCUUUCAUAACAAAUCUUCAACAUUGUCUUCAUCGGAGGCCGAUGAUGAAAAAAUUGGGUAAUAACUUCGUCAACUCCGAAACAAUCGACGAUGAUGAAACCAUUUUUUUCAAAAUCGGUUUCGCGAUCAAAAUAGAAGAUUUCAGGCCGUCUCAUUCUUCUUCAACGAAGCUGGUGGGACAGAAAGUUGAUUCAGGGGGUCUUUAUAGACUGCUUCAAUGUGCAAGUAAAGGGGAUAAAGCUGGCGUAAUACAAGAACUAGAUAAAGGUGUGGAGCCUAAUGGAGCUGAUUAUGAUAGGAGAACUGCUCUUCAUUUAGCUGCUUGUGAAGGUUGGAUUGAAGUUGUUGAUUUGCUUCUUGAGAAAGGUGCUGAUGUGAAUUCUUUAGAUCAUUGGGGUCGAACUCCAUUGUCCGACGUACAUAGCUUUCGACACAAUGAGGUUUGCAAGAUACUUGAAGCUCGAGGGGGAAUCGAUCCGAUCUUGGCUCGUCAUUUUGGGGGAUGGCUUUGAUUCUUGCAUCCACAAAUCUCCUCACUGCAAGAAUAGC